AUGGACUACUCCUACCUCAAUUCGUACGACUCGUGCGUGGCGGCCAUGGAGGCGUCCGCCUACGGCGACUUCGGCGCCUGCAGCCAGCCUGGCGGCUUCCAAUACAGUCCCCUGCGGCCUGCCUUCCCCGCCGCGGGGCCACCUUGCCCCGCGCUCGGCUCCUCCAACUGUGCGCUUGGCGCCCUACGCGACCACCAGCCAGCGCCCUACUCGGCAGUGCCCUACAAGUUCUUCCCUGAGCCGUCGGGCCUGCAUGAGAAACGCAAGCAGCGGCGUAUCCGCACAACGUUCACGAGUGCGCAGCUCAAGGAGUUGGAGCGCGUCUUCGCCGAGACCCACUACCCCGAUAUUUACACACGCGAGGAACUGGCGCUCAAGAUCGACCUCACUGAGGCUCGCGUGCAGGUCUGGUUCCAGAACCGCCGGGCCAAGUUCCGCAAACAGGAGCGUGCGGCCAGCGCCAAAGGCGCGGCGGGAGCCAAGAAGGGCGAGGCGCGCUGCUCGUCUGAGGACGACGACUCCAAAGAGUCCACGUGCAGUCCCACGCCCGACAGCACCGCGUCGUUGCCGCCGCCGCCCGCACCCAGCCUGGCCAGCCCGCGCCUGAGCCCCAGCCCUCUACCCGCCGCGCUGGGCUCCGGGCCCGGGCCUCAGCCACUGAAGGGGGCGUUGUGGGCGGGGGUAGGGGGCGGUGGGGGCGGCGGGCCCGGUGCGGGAGCAGCAGAGCUGCUUAAGGCUUGGCAGCCAGCGGAGCCCGGGCCCGGGCCCUUUUCUGGAGUUCUGUCUUCUUUUCACCGAAAGCCCGGUCCCACCCUGAAGACAAACCUCUUCUAG